AGGAGAUGACCAGAGACUGCGGACACAGUACAGGAGAUGACCAGAGACUGCGGACAUAGUACAGGAGAUGACCAGACUGCAGACACAGUACAGGAGAUGACCAGAGACUGCGGACAUAGUACAGGAGAUGACCAGACUGCAGACACAGUACAGGAGAUGACCAGAGACUGCAGACACAGUACAGGGGAUGACCAGAGACUGCGGACAUAGUACAGGAGAUGACCAGAGACUGCAGACAGUACAGGAGAUUACCAGAGACUGCGGACAUAGUACAGGAGAUUACCAGAGACUGCGGACACAGUACAGGAGAUUACCAGAGACUGCGGACAUAGUACAGGAGAUGACCAGAGACUGCGGACACAGUACAGGAGAUUACCAGAGACUGCGGACAUAGUACUGGAGAUGACCAGAGACUGGACACAGUACAGGAGGUGACCAGAGACUGCGGACACAGUACAGG